AGCGAUGACAGCUCCCAGCCUCCCACAUCCACUGCGUUUGCCUCAACAGAUCAGUGAAAAGAGGAACUCUCGAACAAAAAAACGAUUCUUUCAACGAAAAAACGCACCGUUGUAAACAGGGGUAUCAACAUGAAGGCAAUAAGUCCAGUGAGGUCUUUCCGGAAAAAUAACGCGAACGUGACGGAGCACAGUCUGGGAAUCUCACGGAGCAAGACCCCGGUGGACGAUCCUCUCAGCCUGCUGUACAACAUGAACGACUGCUACUCCAAACUGAAGGAACUGGUGCCCAGUAUCCCGCAGAACAAGAACGUGAGCAAAAUGGAAAUCCUGCAGCAUGUCAUUGAUUAUAUCCUGGACCUGCAGAUCGCACUUGACUCGAAUUCGGCGAUCACCAGUCUCCAUCACCCGCGAGCGGGGCAGGAGACAUCCAGAACCCCCCUGACAACUCUCAACACAGACAUCAGCAUCCUCUCGUUACAGACGCCAGAGUUGCAAUCAGACUUGAUGACAGAGGACAGCAGGACACUUUACCGUUAAUCAGGUGUUUGAUUGAGACACAACAACACACAGGACCUGGGAACCAACUUUUCCUCCCAUUUCUGUUCUCGGUCUGGAGUUUUUUUUCUUUCUUUCCUGUAAAUGAAUCAAGAGACUUUUUUUGCUUCCCAAAGGACAAUCCAUGUGAUGUGUAAAUAAGUUUGGACUUUGGUUAUUUAUCUUCUAAAAAUACUUAUUUGGUCCCUUCUUCAAGUGGAGAAGCAGCACUAUAUUCCCUGAAAACACGAGGGAAACAUGAAAAUGCUCACAAGGAACCAUUUCUCUGCAAUGAGAAGUCUGACUUUUUUGUUUUGUGAAGACUGUGUGAAUAGGAGACGUGGUUAGUUACUGUACAAAGUUUAGGCCUGUUUUUGUCAAUUCUUUUGGCACAUGAAGGACUGGACGUUUGAAAAUGACAUGAAACCUUGUGAACUCUCAGAGUUGUAUCUUGUAUAGUUGCAGAAAUUGGACUGUCAGUAUCUGCAAAGUGUUAUGCUGUAUGCUGAGACUUUUUAUAAAAGUAAUAUUGUAAAUCGUACCUUUUUUUUAUAUAUAUACAAAAUAAAUCAAAUGCUUUAUUUGA